UGACAAAAGACUUUCACUUCAGUCAACAUGGAAAUUUUUACAAACUGUCUUGCAACCAAUCUCUGGAUUUAGACAGUUUAAUUUCAACAAAAAUAUUCUCACUUUUCAUCACUCCAUGCCAUAGCACAGUUCCAGACAGGCAUCCAUGCUUAGUUAAAGGAUCUUCCCAAAGAUAUUUGCAUUUCCCGGCUAGCUGUGAAGGAGGAACAUUAUCCAAAGAACUUAUUUGGUUAGGGACAGCCCAACCCAUGUGUGACAUGUUUAUAGGUGCAGUCUUGGGAAAGUUUGUUGGGGUCACAGGUCCAAGUGACCGUUGGAAGUGCACGUCGUUAAACGUCUGGGAAGCUGCCUCCGUCGUCUGCUUUGCUAACUGAAGGCAAGGAAUCAGCGCAGCUGCCUCAUUCUGGAUUACACGUCUGCUUUCGUUUUUGGGAGGACGUCUGCUUGAACAUGAACUGAGCCAGUACACAAAAGGUUCUUUGGAACGAAGGUCUCUGUCUUUGGUGCAGACGUGUCACGGAGUAAGAUGGCUACGAAACUGUGGGAGGCACUCGUCUUAGACUGCUCUGCCUCCUUCUUUCCUUUCCUCUGAGGUGGUCAGCUGGGCAUCUGUCACGUGACCCGCUGAUAUGUCGCUAGUGCCGACAUCGCCAUGUGGUCUUCUCCUCACCCAAACCCAACAGCAGCAACAACAGCAGCAGCCUCAGUCGUAUCCUCUCCACCAGUUCCAGGGCCCACCUGGAGGGGGAGACAAGCCACGCUCCCCCAGCCCGAGGUCCGACCUCCUUAGCAUCCCCGAUGGCACCUCGGGUGGCGUCUGUUCCGGUGCCAGCAACGGCAGCGGGGGCGUGAGUAGUGGGGCUGGGGGUGGGGGCAGCUACACGGGGGGCACCCACAUCCCAGCCACUAGCCCUACCAGUCUCACCGUACCUCUCUUCUACGGGCAGGUGCCAGCUGGUGCAGGCCUUUGGCGUCGCGUGAGCAGCACCUCGUCCUCCAUCUUUGACCUGUCGGCGGAGUGCGAGCAGCUGGAGCGGUCCAUCCGUGACAAUGACGUGGUGGCGGUGAAAAAGUUCCUGCAGAUCCAUCACGGCAAGUUCCCAGUGGACCUGGCUGGAAGCUUCCUGGACAAGUCCAGCUGCGAUUCGCGCAGCAGACGGGUCAGCCACGUCAGCCAUGUCAGCCAGGACGUGGAGAUCCUGCUGCGGAAAAGCCAGACGCUGAUCGACUCGCUGGACCGGAGGGAGAGCUUCGGGACAGAGAGCGAAGUGCCCAGCAUUUUCCGCACCUCCUUGCACCUGGCCGUGCAGCACGCCGCAUAUGACGUGCUCAAGCUGUUGCUCAAGUACGGGGUCGACCCCAACGAACCCUCGGCGCGCGUGACCUUCUCCUCCAGCAACAUCCGCAGCAGCCGCGCUUCUAGCUGCCAGCAGCCGGAGUUCCUCAUGCAGCAGCUGCAAUACUUGCACUACGACCGUCAGAUGCAUUUGCACCAUCAGCGGGAGAAGCAGCAGCAACAGCAGCAGCACAAUCUUCACUUGCAACACGACUCCCUGUCGUGGGACGAUCACAGUCACCACAGCGGCGGUAGUCAGCUAGGAGACUGCACGUGCUGCACGCUGCACCAGACCGUAGCGCAGGGACAGAGCCCAGGAUCACACCACUCCACCACCCCUCUCAUCACGGUGGCGCACGCGCUGUCCAGCUCCCCUCCCAUCAUCACCCCUGCUGUCACCACCAUCUCCCCCCAUUGUUUCAUCUCCGUCCCGGCAGAGCAGCCCGCGCAGUGCUGGGCGGACACAGACCCGAUCGCAGAGGGAUCAGCCGCGGCAUCGGCUUCCGGGUCAUCGGCGAUAGACGAAGGCAAUGACAGUGUCUUCAUCAGUGUCGACUCCAGCGCCGUCCUGCCACACAGCAGCUGCCAGUUGCAGGAAGAAGGUCACAGUUCAGCGGCAGAAGGCGACGUGCGGCACCAACGGCGGGAGUCUUCUCCGUCGGAGAGCGUGACGGCAGCACAGAGUCUCGCCGCCGCACCGCAAGGCGGCAGUCCGGCGUUCCGCGCCGUGGUCAGGAGCGCUGCAAGCCCCGAACCCGUCUGCGGCAGUCAGUCGGCUAAUCAAUGUUGCAGUCAAGCGCAGCAGCAGCAGCAACAGCAGCUACAGCAACAGUCCACACGCCCCUCUCCACGGACCAAGCAGUCACCCCCAGCAGGGCAGACCCCCAUAUCCACCUCCUCCUCCUCCCCAGCCACCCUGACGGUCAGUGUUAGCGGCAGAGGCGGCGACGGUUGCCCCGCCAGCCCCACCGUCAUCGUGUGGAGCGACACUGGCGGCGACGUGGAAGUUCGAGCAGACAGCAGCAGCGUCGUUCCUGGGUGCGUGGCCCGCCUGCGACUGCCGGAUAUUGCAGAGUCGGAGAGCGAGUCCGGAUCAGUACUCGACCUCGGGGUGACGUACAGCGGCGGAGCGGGCUGUGACGACUUGCUGUGCCUGCCGCCCAUCUACCUGGCCGUCGUGGAGGGUCGCUCGCAGGCCCUGCGGCUGCUGCUGCGCUACGGCGCCAGUCCGCACGUGCAAGACCGCCACGGCUGCACGCCCUUGCACCUGGCCUGCUGCCCCGAGUUCUUUAACGCGGAUUGCGUCUUCUUCCUUCUACGUUACGGCGCUAAGGUCAACGCCCAGAACUGCGUCAACGUUUCACCUUUCCUUCUGUACCCCAAAGUGGCCGAGGAGCAGCGGGCGCUGGUGUUCACCGCCCUCUCGCGCGUCCACGAGCUCAUGUCCAAGCAGUCCAGCGGCAACAGCUCCUCCACUUCCGCUUCCACCCCUACCGCCCGCGCUGGCGGAAACCCGGGUGGCCACGACCACCCUGGUGCUGGUCAUGGAGUGGGCGGCACCCAGCGAUCGGGUAGCAUCUCCCGAUUCUUCAAGCGACUCAGUAGCGAGUCCAGGUCGCGAGGUCGCGAGCGAAAAAUCACGCGCGAUGAGACAGCAGCGGCAGCGGCUGCGGCAGCAGCGACAGCGGGCGGAACUUCUGCGGUCAGCGCGGCGAUGUUCAGUGACGUGAGGGACAGGACAUCGUCCUUCAGCUCCUGCAAGAGCCUCCGCAGCCGCCAUCUUUCCAGCUGCGUGGUGGAGGAUUUUGAAAGCGACGUCUCCGUUGAACAUUCUGGAAUAUCUGAAAGAACAGGAAGCAAAGGAAGAAUGAGUCUUCGGAAGGGAGAUAAAUCAAAGCAAAGGGACAGUUACUGUGCUGAGCAAAAUGAGAGGGCGCUGGCGGAAGAUGUGGAGAGCUCGCUGCUGUCGCUGGUGCGUCUGGCGGAGAACUGGGAGUGCGUGCCCAUGAUGCUGGACGGUCUGGCGGCCUACGUGCGGGGCCUGCUGCCUCUCAUGGAGCAGCGCGAGACACCCAACAUCGAGAAGGGCAUCAACGAGCUCUUCAACCAGAUCGUCCAGACUUGCUACGACCAGCUUCAGCAAGCUGUUUUGAUCGACUCCAAGCUCGCCGUCUUCCUGGAGCUGUCCAAGCUGCUGCAGGCCGCCUUCGAGCUGCUGAAGGGCAAACAGGUGAUGCACUUCACGGCCCUGGCCAUCCUCAACCGCAUCAUCGACAUGUGCAUCGUACACAGAAACUACGAGGUCGGCUCGCUGGCUUGUCAGUCAGAAGUGGGCGCCAUGUUGGGCUUCCCAUCAGUGGUCAGUGGUCUGGGGCUGUGCGGAGGUGGGGUCGGGGCCAGCGAGAGCAGGACGAGCACCUUGGGAAGGUCAAAGGACAAGGAUAAGGACUGCCGCAGCGGCACGUGGCCGGAAGGUGCGGCAGCCGAGGGUCAUCCCCACAACCAGCAUGGGGGGAGUCGCUACCACGGACGGUUCGAGGCCGCGGAGGACACACCUCCACCUCCCCAGCCUCUACCUCCCAAGCCCCAGCCCAGCUGUCUGGGGAGGAUCCCAUCGUUGCAUCGCCGUCGAGCAAGCGUGGUCACCCCUCACCCCGACGCCAGUGUGGACGCUCUCAAGCCGGAGGAGGGCGUUGGCGGAGGAGGAGGAGGAGGAGGUGUUGUUGGUGGUGGUAGUGGUGGUGGGGGUGGUGGUGGUGUCGGCAGCAGUGUUGGCGGUUUGAGUGCCCACGUGACUCGGACGCCGUUGGAGUUGCUAAUGGCCAUGGACCCGGGCCAGAUUAUGUCGGUGCUGCACAACAGCAUCACCAUGCACAAGCGCAUCAUCGGGACGCGACAACGCUGCACGCCCGGCGUGCGGUGGCGCCACUGUACGCACCACUGCCUGCAGAUCCUCAGCGCGCGCGUCCUCACCGUCAUGUGCCACAGCGCGCACGUGCAGCACAAGGUGGUCAGCGCCGGUCACCUCAAGCCCCUCAUCGACGCCUUGGAUCCCAAUCACGAUCCCCAUUUGCUGUGCCUACUGCUGCAGUCGCUGGCUUGUCUGGCGCUCAACCCCGCCUUCCACGGCGCCAUGAACGAGGCGGAGGUGGCCGACAUGUUGAUGCAGCUGUUGCUGCCGUCGGACGAGUGGUACUACACCAACCACAGCACCAAGUACGCCAAGUUCGUGAAGUACCACGCGGCCAGGAUUCUCGUCUACAUGGGGCUUUUCCACAAGCUGGGCGGCCGCGUGGACCUCUUCGACCGCCGGCCGUUCAUGGAGUCCAACACAAGCACCUUGCUGCAGGUUCACUCGCUAGACGACAGCUUCAUCGAACUCAUGGCCAUGGGCCGCAUCAUCCACUUGAACGACAAAAUGCACUUACAGGCCGCCUCUGUGGAAGGACUGAUGGCGGAGCUGAUACAGGAAGCGGUAGCGGAGGAAAGAGAAUCGCAGACGCCCUAUAUUCACCUCAGCAACUCUCUCAACAGCCUCAGCACCAUGUCAGACCACGACUUCGCGACUCACCUCGGUCACCGCCACCGAUUGGUGUCCCCCUUCAUUUCACCCUCCGACUCGAUGGAGUUCCUCAAGGACUUAAACCAGCAGUCGUUCCGGGAAUACCUGUUUUCGGGGCUGCCCAUGGUCGUGCACCCUAUCAUCGUGCUGCGACUGCUGGCACACCGGUUGUUCGGCAACAUGAUCCGCCGCAAGACCCUCCCGUCCGAUGCCAAGCUCAAGCCGCCCAAGGUGGACGACAAGAUGGAGUGUCCGCCCAGGAAGGAUUUCGCGCAGCUGCGCGAGGACAGUAGGGACUCGCUGUCUCGGCGGCGCAAGGCGAACCUGCAGCUGCAGAUCACUGGUCAGCCAGGGGAGAAAGAUGACUCCCUCCUGGAGCUGUGUGAGACGCUGGAGGCAGCGUGUGCAGGGGCAGGCGUGGUCCCAGUAGCAGCGGCAGCAGCAGCAAGCCCAGCAACCACAACCACGUUCAGUCCAAGAACGGUUCUACGAAGAUGGCGAUCAAGAGCAUGGUGGAGAGCUUGGUCACUCGCUAGACCUCGGAGUCAUAUCCCAAAACCCGGAGGCCACGGGCUCACCCACGCAGCUGCCCGACCCGCCGGACUCUGCCAGCGAGGUCAAGCCUCCCUCCAACACCCGCACCUUCUUCCGGUGGUCGAGCAAGAAGCGGUUGUCCAAGUCGCAUGCCAACGUCUCCUCGUUGGCGCACCGCGACAGUCUGGUCAGCCAGCCCCCGUCCAGCGCCUCCUCCGCCAACGACGUGGACAUCGCCGCCUUCCAGCGCGAGCUCAUCAACCUGCCCACCUUCGUCAUGGACACGCCGCCAAUCGACGUCUCGCCUGUCUUCUCGCGCUGCAGUUCCGUGCCAGAGAACCUUGCCGGCCGCAGCAAGUCCCCCCAGGUGGGUGGUUCAUCGGGAAAACUGGAUUCAGGCCGGUGUCGAGACUGAGUCUGAGCAGAACCUGACCAAGGCCAAGUUCGUGCUGGGUGGUGUA